CAGCUUGUGACAUCAUGGAAAUGAAAGAUGGAAAACCUGGAUAUGAUCAAAAUGCAGGGCCAAAUAUUCAGGGUGUUAUGGGUCCACCUGCAGGAUAUCCCAAUCCAAAUCAACCUCAAGGAUAUUACCCUCCUGGGCCAGGCAUGCCCUCUCCAUAUGGAUAUCAACAGCCUCCCCCAGGUGCAUACCAAGCAUGUCCUCCAGGUCAGCCUAACUAUGGAGGCCCUCCUAUACAGAAUCAGCCAAUAGGGCCAGGUGGCCCAUCUGCAUGGAUGCCGGCACCUCCAGCAAACCCAAACUGCCCACCAGGGUUAGAAUAUUUGAGCACGAUAGAUCAAGUACUUAUCCAUCAGCAAGUAGAGCUACUAGAAGCUUUGAUUGGCUAUGAAUCCAACAACAAGUAUGAGAUUAAGAAUAGCAUGGGCCAGAAAGUGUACUUUGCUGCUGAACAAAAUGAUUGUUGUACCCGGAAUUUCUGUGGACCUGCCCGGUCUUUUGUCAUAACCAUUGUUGAUAACAUGGGUCGUGAAGUAAUCAGACUGUCAAGACCAUACAGAUGUUCUGCAUGCUGUUUUCCCUGCUGUCUACAGAAGUUACAAGUGGAGUCUCCCCCUGGAACAACAAUUGGCUAUGUGAAACAGAACUGGCAUCCGUGUUUACCGAAAUUUACCAUUCAGAAUGAAAAGAAGGAAAAUAUUAUGAAGAUUCAUGGACCUUGUGUGCCCUGUAGCUGCUGCUCUGAUGUUAACUUUGAGUUGAAGUCCUUGGAUGAAAGCUCUGUACUUGGGAAGAUUUCCAAGCAGUGGACUGGAAUGGUGAAAGAAAUGUUUACAGAUGCCGACAACUUCGGAGUUCAGUUCCCUAUGGAUCUAGAUGUAAAAAUGAAAGCGGUUGUUCUUGGUGCCUGCUUUCUCAUUGAUUUCAUGUUUUUUGAACACUCUGAAUAACAAAUA